CUGCCGGCCGAGGCCACGGGCCGAGAGCAGCCGAGACGGGAGGGCAAGGAGCGGAGCCGCGAUGCGGAGCGGGAGGCGAGGCGGAGGAGCCGGGAGAUCGACGCGAUGCUGGCCCGGGAACGGAGGGCCGUGAGGCGCCUGGUUAAAAUCCUGCUGCUGGGAGCCGGGGAGAGCGGCAAGUCCACUUUUCUCAAACAGAUGCGGAUCAUCCACGGCAGAGAGUUCGACCAGAAGGCGCUGUUGGAGUUCCGGGCCACCAUCUACGAGAACAUCCUCAAGGGCUGCAGGGUUCUGGUUGAUGCACGGGACAAACUGGGAAUCCCUUGGCAGUACACGGAGAAUGAGAAGCACGGAAUGUUUUUGAUGGCUUUUGAAAACAAAGCUGGAAUGCCCAUCGAGCCUGCCACGUUCCAGCUGUACGUACCUGCACUGUGCGCCCUGUGGAGGGACUCAGGAAUCAAGGAAGCCUUCAGCCGUCGGAGCGAGUAUCAGCUGGGUGAAUCAGUGAAAUAUUUCCUGGAUAACCUGGAUCGGAUUGGUCAGCUGAAUUAUUUCCCCAGCAAACAAGAUAUUUUGUUGGCUAGAAAAGCUACCAAGGGAAUAGUAGAGCAUGAUUUCAUCAUUAAAAAAAUACCUUUCAAGAUGGUGGAUGUGGGUGGACAGCGAUCUCAGCGUCAAAAGUGGUUCCAGUGCUUUGAUGGAAUAACUUCAAUUUUGUUCAUGGUCUCCUCCAGUGAAUACGAUCAGGUUCUCAUGGAAGACAGACGCACAAACAGGCUUGUGGAGUCCAUGAAUAUCUUUGAGACAAUAGUCAACAACAAGCUUUUCUUUAACGUCUCUAUUAUCCUGUUCCUCAACAAGAUGGAUCUUCUUGUAGAAAAGGUAAAGACUGUCAGCAUUAAGAAGUAUUUCUCGGACUUCAAGGGUGACCCUCACAGGCUAGACGAUGUUCAACAUUAUCUGGUGCAGUGCUUUGACAGAAAGAGGAGAAACCGUAGUAAGCCGCUCUUCCAUCACUUCACCACUGCCAUAGACACUGAAAACAUCCGUUUUGUGUUUCAUGCUGUGAAGGACACCAUCCUUCAAGAGAAUCUGAAGGAUAUUAUGUUGCAGUGAAGGAGAGAAGUCCAUGUCCUGUUAAAAUUUGCUGGAGGGUUAGAUAAAAAGUUUUAUCCUUUCUUUAUGGCCCUUGCAUGUGGUGUAGGACCCAUGCUACUUACUUGGCUCAGGAAUGCUGUAAACUAGCCAGUCAAAACAGAGGAGCUAUAGGCCGAAGGAGUCAAAUGUUGAUGUUAGCUACUGAAUCAUUUGGACUAGAAACACUACUGAAACAUGGCUGUUGUAGGUUCUGUACCUAGUUUGGAAUGCUGAACAACACAACCACCUUCUGCCUUCUUAGAAAACAAACAAACAAAAAAUCUCUGACAAACCAUAUAUGAAAGACACUUUGUUUUAAAUGGAAAUACUUAUUUUUCAGAGACAGUAGUCAUACAAUCUGCCUUUUUUUGUAGUUUGGAGGUGCUGAAUUGAUCAAACUAACCUAAAUGUAAUGAGAUUAGUAGCUGUAUUGGAGAAUGUUAAUGGAACUUGCAUUCUUAACACUAGGAGUGUAACCAGGUCUGGUGUGCAGUUUAGUUUUGCCACAGAACUGGAAUCUACUAAUUAAGGUGGAUGCACAGCUCUUGUCUGAAGGUUUUGCAUGAGUCUCCUGAAGCUUAAGUUUAAAACUGUUCAAGGAAACCCAUGUUGGAGUAAAUUGGAUGAAAAGUUAAGGCCUUGCUUGAGAAGGGCUUAUUUUGCACUACGUGUAAAAGGUAUUAUUACAUCAUGGGGAAUCUGAUUUCCUUGGUGAAGCAGCCUGUGCUAGAGCACCUGACCCUGUAUGAGCACAGCGGGUGCUUGAGUGAGAUGUGCUUCAUGGAAAUCCAGCACUGUCCUCACACCUGCAGUUUGGCAGUAAUUGUGAAGGUUCAGGAUCACAUGACGGGGCUUCAUCUAUAUUUGAAAGUUUGAAAGCUGAUUAAACUCUUAUGCAAAGGUCUUGGUAGUACAGCUGACGACUGUUUGAUUAGUUGCAAUCAGCUGAAUGUAUGGGAGGACCGAACACCCUAGAGAUCCCAGUUUUACAGCUGCACUGAUAUGUUUGGACAGCAAGACCUUGCUGUCAAAUUAGCCCUUAAUCUGUGUCUUAAUGGGAUCUUUAGCCAGUAGUAAUGCGUGUGUAAUUCUGAGUACAGUCAAGGUUGGAGUUGCCCAUUUUGGGCAACGGUUUGUGUAUAUUCAAGAGGCUAUGAAAAAUGUUGAUAUGAACUGUUAAUUUCUUAGCUCUCAAUCUGUGUAACUAUCAGGUGCCUUUUCUGUGUACAGACAUAUCAGAUCUUUUCUAUUACAGUGGGGUAUGUGAACAACCUUACGACCUGCCUUUUUAUCAGAGCACUGUAGUGCUAUUCUUUAGGUAACUUUCAAACGUAGUUUACUGUGCAAUUUUUGUCAUAGCUUUUAUCUGAGAAUAAAACCUGAAGGGCUGUUUGUACCCAUACAAAGGCAGCAGAUUCCCUGGAGUUCUUUUUCCCCACUGAGACUGCAAUGGCAUGUCAAAACAAGCAACGUUUUACUUCAGCUGGUGAUCCCAUGGGAAAUGCGGUCUAAAACACAUGAAAGGACAACGGAACAGGAUUUUAAUUUGGAUAAAAUCUGGAAUCUUUCUUCCCCUCUGAAGCCUGCAGAUGUUCGUAUCAGCGUGUUUGUGUGGUUUCCUACUGUAGCAAUCUCUGGGUUUUCUUUGUGCAGCUUCAGAGUGGAAGAGACGUGGCUGUGUCGGAGUUACGUAACGCGGGACUGAGGUAAGAAGCAGUGAAAAGUUGCAGGCAGGAAAAUCCAGGCAGCAAACUUAAGCAGGAGUUAGCUUUCUUCUAACAAGUCUUAUUUUUGCCAGGACCAAGUCUGUCUUAUAGAUGUUCAUUCAAUUUUAGCCUCGAAGGGGAAAAAAUGUCAUGUGUCAAAUAUUCAGAUGAAAGCAACUCUUAAGCUUAUUACGUUUGGUUUUACUACCCUGGCGAUGCAAGUAAGUUUACUUAUUGUGUAAGGUUCAUUUCUCUAAGCUAGUCCAUUUGUUAGCUGAAAAGUGAGAUUGUUCCAACACUUUCAGGCUUUUCUUGGAGUUCCUGAUGGUAGCUUCCACUUCACACAAGGCACUGGAAAAGAGGAGGCAGUUGUGGGCUGACCAACUUCUAGUUUGACUUGAUUUUAUUUCCUAGUUUGCUGUGACUUCGUUCUUUUACUACAUUUUCUAAUGGACUAAUAUUGUGCUUGUUUUCAAAUGAGUUAAGCCUUUCAACUCUAUUUUUUUUCCCUCAAUAAUUACCUCAGCUUACAGUCUCGAUCUACUGUAGCUUUACCUGGGAGGUGUAGCACGGAAUUUCCUGUCCUGUUUUUUCUCUUCAUGGUCAUCUAUGGCUUUAAAACUCUAAGCAGAGCUAAUAAUGCAACAUAUAUUUUAAUUAAUAUGAUCUGCACCUGGAAAUGAAGCAGAAUGAGUUAUCUCAUAAUGAGCUCUCAAUCUUGCUAGUGUUUUGGGUUUUUUGCAUGCUGUAGCAGUUUUGCACAAUAAGUCCAAGAUUUAGGGAAGCAGGUUGUUCCCCUUGUGCCCGUCAUUGCCUUUCCUCUGUCUGGUGAUAAAAUGAGCCUCGGCAUGAUGCUCUAGGCUGCAGAAAAAGAAAAAAAAGAGUUGUUUGGCUCUAUAGGCUGUUUUCUGCGUAACUUUGAUAGGUUGAUUCACACCAGCAACUCAAGGUCAGGAGGAUGCUGAUGAGAAGUGAAGCACUUCACAAAUCUGCAGAGGAUUUGGACUGUGAUUGAAAAGGAUUAUUUUUCAGGUGGCAGGUGAAUGUCUUUUUCUGCUAAAUUCUGACUCUACUUCUUGCACAACUGAAGUAUUUUGUUCAUUUGUUUGUUCUCCCAAACUAAGUUGUAGUAUAAUAAAGCCAAAAAGCCAUGUUAUGGUAAAUCAGUUGGUUAUUAAAGCAGAACUUGGGUGACUUAGGUUGUACAAACAUCUCAGGACAGGCUUGAUCAGUUGCUUGGUCCUUUUGCAAGAGACAAAAAAUUAAGUGAUGUCCUGGAGAAUGCUGCAGGUAAACACAGCUGGGGAGAACAUCUUUUUUGUUCCUAACUUUAUGAGGUUAUGGUUCAUUUGCUAGUCAGGAAAUAGGACACAGGCAGGGUUGUAAUCAGAUGGGGACUUUGAACAACUCUUUAGAAGGGGGGGGGAAGGAAAAAAAAAGGUAUUUUGUUGUUCUUCCUCUGAUACUGCAAGUCAAUGACCGGUGCUGGGGUGAUGCAAAUGGGUCUUCUCUUCCAAGGACAAAGAGAGGAAGCAAUUGCAUGUGCAUGCAGGAGAGGCUUAUGUAAUCUUGCAGUUUUAAGUAGAAAAACUAAAUGGGAGUCUUUCAUCGAACACUUCUUUGUAUUUGGUUUUGAGCUAACAUAGUGCAUCAGUCAGUACAAUUCCUUCAAUUGUAGUGCUGUCAUUUUCUGAACAGUUCUUAGAUGGCAAUACCAGACAGCAUAGUAAAUUGAAAUGACAUAUUUGAUAGGCAGUUAUCACUUCAAAGCAGUUAAAUAUUUCCUAAUCUUGAUUCUGAAACUGAAAUUACUGGCCACUCAGCUUCAUGCUACAUCUCAAAGAUCCUUUCAGGUUUAAAUGAAGAAUGUAUCUUGCUCUAUUCAAUACAGCAGCACAGAUUAUUUGAUGUGUUAAUAGUUGAAAGUUGGAUAUAUUGCUGAGUCAGACCCAGAGCUAAUCACGUUAGCAUAAAGGAGUUCCUAAAGGUGUGUGUGUGUGUGUGUGUGUGUGUAUAUAUAUAUAUAUACACAUAUAUAUGCUUUCUGAGCUGACUGAAGCCAAAACCUCAGCCAGGCAGAGUGGAGGAUUGUGCACUAAUUCAGAACAAAACAAAAACACUCCUGUAGUGAAGUGGAGCAGGAAGAGCUCGUCUGUAUGUGGCACUGCAGGCUCGAAUUUUAUGCCACCAGGGUAGCUGAAAUAGGUUUAGUUAUGGAAAACUGUCCAUUCAAAAUGCUCCCCACCCUAAGGUGCUCAGUACUGCUGGUAGUGUCAUCUGUAAAGAAUUACAGAAUUAAAGAAAUUAAAGGAAUAGUCAAGUGACAAACAACUAUUCUACACAGAAUGUCAUUUGAGUAAGUACACCCUUUGCCUUCUUUAGACAGGUUUCUGGAUAUUAACUUCAUGUUUUGCAGUCUUUUCUCUGUACGUACCUUUUCAAUUUUCCUGAAGCCAAAACUAUGGGAAUUUUGUAAGAGACCCCUUCAGUUUUCAAGUAGUGAAUCUGAACACCCAACUUAGCUUUGCAUGUGCUGUCAAAUACUUUUGGGGCCGAUAGACAACUUGAUCCAUGCCAGCUUGAGAAAAAAUAAGAUAUGCAGUAUAAUUCCCUGUAGCUUGAAAUAUAGGCCAAACACUGACUUCCCAUCAUUAGACCUAGGUAGUGGCUCCUACAGGUUCAGUAGUAGCCUCUUUUCUGGAUAAUUUUUCUAGUAUAAAGACACACAAUGUAGUCAGGGGUUUUAAUAUAGCACUGCCAACUCUUUACCUCAGUGCACUCUUCAUUAAUUCUGUAACACAGGAAGCAGUGAGUAGGGUGCUUCAGCAGCAUCCUUAAAACAUAUCUAUGCCUACUUUAGUAAAUGAUGCACAUGGAGCAUCAGUUAUGGGACAGAAAUCUCAGGCUGACAUUGGGCCACAUUUGGGCUGAGUUAGUCCCAACUCCAUGCAUUUCUAGGUGAGGACUGUCUAGCCUACUGAGGAAGUAAUUGGCAAGGCAAUACGAAACCUUGUGCUUUUUACUAUUACUUAUUUUGUAAUUAGCUGGAGUGACCUCUGCUUUGUGCUGUGAAGUGGGCACUUCUUUGUUUUGACACUGAUUUAUUUACAUGGAUGGAAAUGAGCUAUUGGAGCUGAAACUGCUGUCCUCCCAACCAGGUGAUGUUCUCUUUGCUCAUCUUGGUGGUUGGGCAGUUUAUCUUAGUUCUUUAAAUUUCUGUCUUUUAACUGCAUUUGGAAAGCAGUGUUGAAGUGUCUGUGUUGACAUGCUUGUCUUCUUAUUGGGUGGGGAGUAUGGAGGUACUAGAUUGUCAGUGCUAGUGCCUGGCUUGGCAAACCGUAUGACAACCCAGCUCUUGGCUUAUGUCCAAAGGUCAUAUCUUGUGUCUGAUGUGAAAAUGAUCAUGGUCAGAGAGAAAAAGAGCGGCACUGACUUCCAAGGUAGGCAUUCUGGUAAAAAGCCAAAGUAUGUUGGAAGGGAGCAGGAGAGGGGAGCUAUUUCCUACACAGAUCUCAAAAGUUGAUGGCGCUUGAAGACUGAGUGUACUGAAAAGAAAUGCCAUCUGUAUUGACAUCGAAAGUUUUGAGUGGCUCCAGAGAGUUAUUGGUUGUGAAUUAAGGGCAGCAGGCUGGUGAGGCUGGCCCUGCUGCUGCUGAACACCCCUCCAUUGUCAAUUUCUUCACCUGUUCCUAACUGGGUGCUAAAACUCAAUUCCUGAUAAGAUACGAUCUGCAGAUCUCUGGGCAGAGUGCAUCUCACUCUUUCCUAGCAGCUUCUUCGCCUUUCUUCAAGAUACUGGAGCAGGAGAAGAAUUUCAGGGGAAUGGCUAGAUAAGAUACUGUUUCCAUUACUGGAGUAAAAUGUACAAUUGAUGGAAAGGCAAAUUUUUGCAUAAGGAGGAUCAAAGGAAGAGAUUCUUAUGAGGGAAGGAACAGAUUUGAGUUGUACUGCUUUUCUCUGCUCCUGCCUCUGGUCAGCCUUUUGUGCAGAGCUUGUGUGCAGGUGGGCAGGAACGGCAGCUGGGAGAAGCCAGCAGGGAGGAGGGGGAUGUGGAAGAAGGAUGACUUUUGGUAGUUCACAAGAUUUGAAAAGCGUGCUCAAUGGAUUGAGGUUUGAAAACGUGUUCAAACUCCCGCUCACACUGAAGCCAUUAACAGUCUUUAGGAUAAUGGGUGUUUUUUCUGGUGUACAGGUUAUGUUGUCUGGGAUGUGAAAUGAGCUUGAAUUGAUGAUAAAUGUUGAGCAGUAUUUUUGGAGAUGCUACUUAACAAAAAUGCUAGUAUUUAUUGCUCUUGUGAUGAGUUGUCUUGUUCAUGGAACCAAUAUGUAUGAAAGCAAACUGACAAGCACCAAGUUAUCUUGUGACACAAUCACGUAGCUAGGAAGCCAAUUAACAUUACCUUUUAUUCUGCAAUUUACUUGCUCUGUGGUGCCUAUGCAUUGUAACACAUACUAUGCAAUAUCAUUCUUUUUCUAAACCAGUUCACUACAUUGGGCAAGAAGGGCCUAAGUUUAGCCUUAAUUUUGUAACAAUUCACAGGAAAGUACUUCAGAAACAGUGACAAACAAAAAGAGGUUUAAAAAAUAAACCACACAAAAUAAAAGCACAGUUCCAGACUGCUCACGUAAGUGUCUUUCUAGCACCAAAACAGCAUCCACAAUAGAGACAGCUACUUGCUGUAAUAGUUUCAACUUAUGAAAACUGUGUACUAGAUAAAAUUAUAUUGUGAUGUGUAAAAAGUGUAUUUUAUAGCUUUGGUGACUUAGUUUACUGUUUUGUAUAUAUGAAUUUUAUAAAUCUAUUAAAACUUGACUUGUUAUACUGUU